AAUUAACCCCUUUCCGUUUCGCAAUUGUGACAAAACUCACGCACGCCUACUGUCUCUCAUCCACGUUAACGGCGGAGAGCGACUGAACACCACCGUAACAUCUUCGCCGGCGGAAAUGUCACUAGUUGAUUACGCUUCUUCCUCAGAUGAUGACGACGUUCCAGAACCCACCGAAGAACAACGAAACCAAAAACAGAAACCCCAACUUCCUCAACAACCUCAACCUCCACAGAACCUGACAAAAUCUGGAUCAUCAUCCAACCAGCGGCUAGAAAAUAAACCACAGUCAUCUUCCUCUUCAGUGGAGAAACUUCCUGACGCUUCACUUCUAUUGAAUUCACCUGCUGUCCCAUCGAGUUUGAUGAAUGCUAGUGAUCACUCCUCUCGAGUUGCUGCAGCUCAGGCUGAAAAUGCUUCACGUAAGAGAGACUCAAACGGAAAGGCCUCCUCUUCCAAUCGUAGGAAAGUUCCUAGAGCAAACCCGCCUCGUUCAAGGAAUAUACCAGAAACAGCCGCUGGUAUGCUGGUUCCACCUCAGCUCAGUGGAAGGAAAAACGUUGUUACUGAAGACAUAAGCAAGCUAUUUGUCCGAAAACAUUAGGAACAUCCAUCUCCGUAGAAGUUUAUGAAUUGAAAUCAAUGAUGGGUGAGAAAUCACACCUAAAGAUACAAGAACAAACAAUCUUUGAAGCUUGUUUAUAUCCUUACUGCAGGGUAGUUUUUAGUAUUAUUCUGUUAACUUCCAGCUUAGCAAUGUAAAAGAAAAAAUUGUAGGUAUGAUUUACUUUGCAUCAUCUUUUUUGAGAUUUGCAGGUAUGAUUUACGGUGUGUUUGGAUCCACAAUGAGUUCCAUCAACGAUCGAUGUGUUUGAACUAUGAAGUUAUAACUUGAAUUUCCAUAUGUGGAAGUAAACACUUGCUUAGAAUUUCAGAGAAUACUACUGAUAAAUUGUGAAAAAGUGAUUAGAUCGUGAGAGAAAAUUGUUUCUAAA